AUGCCGCACGUAGGGCGAGGUGCUCUGAUGGGAGUUGAAGAAUGCCAGUAUCAGUUCCGUGAAAUGAAAUGGAAUUGCUCGACAACGACAGACGAAACUGUUUUCGGAGCUGUUUUGAAUUACGGAAGCAAAGAAACCGCUUUCGCUCACGCGAUCUCAGCCGCCGGAGUCGUUCACACAGUUGCGCGCGCGUGCAGAGAUGGAAAUCUGCAGAGUUGCGGUUGUUCGAACGAAGAUAGACCUGAGAACCUACACAAAGAAUGGAUUUGGGGAGGCUGCGGUGACAACAUCGCUUACGGUUACCGGUUUACGGAGGGCUUCGUCGAUCUUCCUGAACGUGAGAGGAUAUUCCCGAAGAACUCGGUAGAUCAGGGCAAGAAACUCAUGAACCUCCACAAUAAUGAGGUCGGCAGACGGGCUGUAAUUCGCGCAAUGCGACUUACUUGUAAGUGUCACGGAGUGUCCGGGUCAUGCUCAGUCAUAACCUGCUGGAAGCAACUCUCACCGUUCCGUUCGGUUGGCGAACAGAUUCGAAGCAAAUACGAGCUAGCGACCCAAGUCAAACUAAACCGACGAGGACGGCUCCAGAAUAUACCGAUCUCUUCCCUCCUUCCCCAGGUUCGAUCGAAACGACAUGUUCGUACUCCAACGGCCGAUGACCUCAUAUUCUUGCAACAAAGUCCCGAUUACUGCACUUUCAACACGACCGCGGGAUCUUUCGGCACCAAAGGAAGGAAAUGCAACAAAGAAUCCAAUGGACCGGACGGGUGCAACCAAAUGUGCUGCGGUAGAGGCUUCACAACGAAACGAGUUAAAGUCAAAGAAAGAUGCAAAUGCAAGUUCCAGUGGUGUUGCUACGUCGAAUGCAAGACUUGCACCAAGAUUGUCGAAAUGACAACCUGUAAAUAA